AUGAGGCGGUCAUUGUUUGUUAGUAUCUUACACGAUAUUCAACAAGUGAAUGAGUACUUCAUCCAAACCCGUGAUGCCACUGGUGCUCUUGGAUUAUCCGGUGUACAGAAGAUGACUGCAGCACUUUGGAUCCUUCAAUACGGCGUGCCUGCUAAUGCUGUAGACGAAUCAAUUGUUGCUACCUAUGAAGCCGUUUACUUAAGAUCUCCAAAUGAAGCAGAUGUCGCCAGAUUAUUGCAAAAGGGAGAGCAACGCGAGUUUCUUGGAAUGUUAGGGAGUUUGGAUUGUAUGCACUGGCGUUGGGAUAAAUGUCCAAGUGCCCAAGCCGGUGCUUACACUGGACACUAUCACAAACCAACAGUUGUACUCGAGGCAGUUGCAUCCUAUGACUUGUGGAUUUGGCAUUCUUUCUUUGGCAUGCCUGGCUCUCUAAAUGAUAUUACUGUUCUUGACAGGUCGCCUUUAUUUGCUGAAUUAACUAGAGGACGUGCCCCUGCUGCCAACUACACCAUCAAUAAUCACGCAUACACCAUGGGGUAUUAUCUUGCUGAUGGUAUCUAUCCUCGUUAG